AUGGACCUGGUGCACCUCGUCCCCAUUCUCGGAGUCGUCCGACUCGAGCGUUGCUUGUGUGCGAUGGACCGCCUGCCCGCAGCGGUCUUGGUGCACCUUCUCGAUGUGGAUGGAGAGGAUGGGUUUGGAGAGCUCGACCUCAGAAGCGAUGCCGAUGUUCCUGAAGUUCCUCCGCCAACAGACAGAACUCCAGAAAUUUUUAGAAAAGCCUUAUCUGGCUUGUCUUCCAGAUGGAAGAAUUGGUGGAUUCGUGGGAUUUUAACCUUAGCUAUGAUUUCAUUUUUUUUCUUGGUCAUAUACAUGGGAUCGUUCAUGCUGAUGCUGCUGGUGCUGAGCAUACAAGUGAAAUGUUUCCAUGAAAUUAUUACUAUAGGUUACAGAGUCUAUCGUUCUUAUGACUUGCCGUGGUUUAGAACGUUAAGCUGGUAUUUCUUACUAUGCGUGAACUACUUCUUUUAUGGAGAGACUGUAGCGGAUUACUUUGCUACGUUUGUUCAGAGGCGAGAACAACUUCAGUUCCUAAUUCGCUACCACCGAUUUAUAUCUUUUACUCUCUAUCUAGCAGGUUUCUGCUUGUUUGUGUUGAGUCUGGUGAAGAAGCAAUACCGUCUGCAGUUUUACAUGUUCGCAUGGACUCAUGUCACUUUGCUGAUCACUGUAACUCAAUCUCAUCUUGUCAUCCAAAAUCUGUUUGAAGGCAUGAUCUGGUUUCUUGUUCCAAUCUCAAGUGUUAUUUGCAAUGAUAUUGCUGCUUAUAUCUUCGGAUUCUUCUUUGGGAGGACUCCUUUGAUUAAGCUGUCUCCCAAAAAGACCUGGGAAGGCUUCAUCGGUGGCUUCUUUACCACGGUCGUGUUUGGAUUCAUUGCUGCGUACCUUUUGGCUCAAUAUCAGUAUUUCGUAUGCCCCGUGGAAUACAACAGCGAGACCAACAGGUUUGUCACAGAGUGUGAACCUUCAGAACUGUUCCAGUUACAAAAAUAUGCCAUACCACCAUUGCUACAGGUUGUGCUUGGCAGGGAAACAGUGAACCUGUAUCCGUUCCAGUUGCACAGCAUUGCUUUGUCAACAUUUGCCUCCUUAAUUGGGCCUUUUGGAGGCUUUUUCGCUAGUGGCUUCAAAAGAGCUUUCAAAAUCAAGGAUUUUGCAGACACUAUUCCAGGCCAUGGUGGAAUCAUGGAUCGCUUUGACUGUCAGUACUUGAUGGCUACUUUUGUACAUGUCUACAUCACCAGUUUCAUAAGAGGCCCCAAUCCCAGCAAGCUGUUGCAACAGUUGUUGGUACUCCAGCCCGAGCAGCAGUUAAACGUCUACAAAACGCUCAAGUCACACCUCAUCGAAAAAGGGAUCCUUCAGCCGUCACUGAAGGGGUAGGAGGACCAAACUGAGGACUACAGACGAAAAGCACAGCUGGAAGAGCAGGUUUUUCUUGUGCAAGGCACCACGGAGUUGGACUGAAGCCAGACCGUGAGUCAGGCGACAUGAAUGUCUAUUACUGAGAUUACUGUGAAUAACCAGGAGGCCAUGCAAGAUUUUCAAGUUUUUCUUUUUUAAAGACGAUUGCAUGUUUUUGUGUGCAUUCUCCCCCCC